AUGAAAUUCCAAAAGUUGGAUCCAAAAGCAGGUGUUCACACGUUCUUGGCCCGCUACACCGGUCGUGAUGUGAAGAACGGUGACGACUAUUGGUAUGUGGCGGGCAAGAGAGACUCCGGAUUCCUGGCGUACUUGGAAGCCCCAUGCUGGAGUACUAAAGCCAGGUACUUCGGGUCAGUGUGCCCAUCAGAGAAGGAAGCCGAGGUGUCUGCUGCCAAGAAAUUCACGUCCGAUGAGCAGGUGGUGCUAGCUGCGAAAAAAUUGCCACCCACCAUGACGUCAUUGAUGGGCCUUGUCAAGAAGCAUGCGCAGAGCGGAAAGAAGGGCCGUACUACCACAAGCUUUGCCCCUCUAAAAGAAGAAGCGGCCCAGAGGUACAAUAGCUACCAAGACCGUGGCUUCCGGAAUUCCCUUUGGGAUGGCGCGGCGUGA